UUGUAGACGUUUUCUUAUGAUCUAUCAUGGAAAUAAUAAACAAUAAUACUGGUUGAAAAUGGAAAAAACAUCAACUAUAAAAAUUGAACAUAAAAUUUGUCGAAUUUGCAUUCGAUCAAUCUUUGAUAAUGAUCACUUGUUAGAUGAAAUCGUCGAUGGAGUGAGUUUAGAAUCAAUGCUUCAAGAUAUACUGAUAAAGCUGAAGAUUCCUGUAGAUGAAAGUCUAUUCUCCAGUUGCUGUGGCGCUUGCAAGGAAGAAUUGUUAGUGACUCACCGUUUUGUGAGAAAAAUCUUGGAGGCCCAUCGAAACAUUAUUGACUGUGUGUCAGGAACUGACCAAGACCCCUUGAAUCACAGCCCAAAUGUUACAGACAUUGCAAUUAAAUCGGAAGAUGAAGAAGAAGUUCUUCAUACUUGUUACGAAACCAAAAUUAUAGAGGACAAUAUAACAACACAAGAUAGCGACUCUACAAUUCGACCUAAGCGACAGUUUAAGAAAAUAGAUGACGAUUCUGACGAAAAAUAUUCGCUUCAUGGUGAUCAAGAAUACGAUACUUCCUCAGAAAGUUCCGAAGAGCCGAAAUCAAGGAAAAUCCGUAGUAAACCGGAACCUCCUCCUCAAAGGUGCUGUGGAUGCAAUGAGCCUUUAAGCACCAUGGAACAAGUUCACGAUCAUUCUGGUAAAUUUCACAAACGAAACAAAACUACAAACCAUGACGAAAUUCAAGAGAAGCCGUUUGAAUGCGAUGUGUGUUUUCUACGAUUUGAAACCAAAAAACAUUUUCUUCAGCAUCAAAGAAAAAUGUAUGCUAAAGAAUUACAUUUCUGCAAACGCUGUCCAGAUAGCUUCGCCAAUGCUUUUAAUCUUCGAGAACAUGAGAAAGCAUUCCACAAAAGGGUGAAAAUUAUUCAGCAGAUUGACGAAAUGCGAAAGAAUAUUCACAAAUGUUGUGUUUGUCGUAAGCAAUUCGAUUCUAAGGAUCUCCUUAAAGAGCAUGCAAAAAAAGAACAUAUUCCACAGUUAGAAACGCUUGAUCUGGACAACGAAUUCCAGUGUGAAAUUUGUUCACGCCGAUUCAAAUCCGAAAAAAUACUGAUCGAACACCAGCGCCGGCCGUACCGUAAACAUCGAUUUCAGUGUUCUCAAUGUGGAAAAACAUACAAAGAUAAACGGUCUUUUUCAGAUCACGAACAAAGUCAUGCUAAUAUACGAAAGUAUGAGUGCCCUAUUUGCCAAAUGCGGUUUGCAUUGAAACCAAACUUUUUAACCCACGUACGAUACCAUUCGAUUCCGGAUGAUCAGUAUAAGUGUGAGUUUUGCAGCAGAGGUUUCAAGAAAAAACAUCUACUCCAAGAGCAUCAGGUAAUCCAUAGUGAAAGAGAGGAUCGGCCGUUCAAGUGUCACUUGUGUCCCAAUACUUUCACUCGGAAGGAUCGGCUGGAUUUUCACAUCAAAGCUCAUUUGGGAGAGAAACCGUUCAAGUGUUCCCAAUGUCCUGCAGCAUACAUACAUGAGCGCGAUUUAAGAAGGCACAACCGGACGAAACAUGAAGAGGUCAGGCCAUUCGUUUGCAAUGUAUGUUCAAAGGCAUUUAACAGGAAGGAUGCCUAUGGAAAACAUAUAAAAAUACACAAAACUGAUAAAUAAACGCCAUAAUUAAGUAAAACUUUCAAGAUAACUGCAUAAACCAAGCAAUUAAGGUAUAUGUAAUAAAAUAUGAUUUUAUUUGUUGAG